CAAGAUUCAGUUGCGAAAUCAGCAGAAAUAAGGAACUGUUCGACACCACCAUCUAAAUCACAAGGGAAAGAAACUAGUAGUAACGCAAAUGGCGAUGGAAAGAAAAAUAUGCAAUGUCUCCCUUCGAAACGAAGUUUCAAGUUUGAUAGUUCAAAGUCGGAAACGAUUUUUGGAUUUAAUCACUGCCGCUUGCAAUUCGAAGAAACGGAGGAAUGGCUAUGUUUUUUAUUCAUAAUUUACCUAAUUGGUUCUAUUAAGAUGUUAGAAGAGAUUGACAUCAGUGCUGAGAGCAAAACCGAAGAGGUGUACGCACAUGAGUUGCGGGUUGGAUGGGCGACAGCUGACCAGCCACUUCGCUUGGGGGAACGCGCCGGCAGUUUUGCGUACUGCAGCAAUGGGAAGAUUGCCACUAAGAAUUUUUUUACUGCAUGGGGACCGGACUUUUGGCCGAACGACGUCGUAGCUUGCCUGAUAGAUUAUGAACAACGAACCCUUUCAAUGAUGAAGAAUGGAGAAUGUAUCGGUGUUGCGUUCCAACUCGACAAAAAGCAAGAUGCACCUGUUUUGUUUCCGUGCAUAACAACGAAAAACGUCAGGUUCGAGGUCAAUUUUGGGCAGAUGGUAAGUCUGAUGCUUAGCAGUGGGUUAUAUUUUGGUUUUCACACUCCGCCACGGCCGGUCCCAAGCCCGGAUGAGAACUCCGCCAUGGCCGAAAGGAGG